CAGCUCCAGUGCGCCGGCAGAGCGGAGUGCAGACGGACGGAUGCGGCGUGUCGGCUCUCGGUUCACCGUUUGAAACUUCCGGACGGAAUAUCCACGGGAACUCGCCCAGGUGACUUUUUGUUUCUUGUUUUUUGGGGAAUUUUUCUUUCCUUUGAAGGCAAAUGACGCGAGAAAAAGCGAGAAGUGUCGGCGGGGCAGCGUUAAUUGUUCUCCCUCUCACUUAAUUGUUGAGCCGUCAGGGACUGAGCUGGAUGUUCACGUCUGAGCGGCCGGAGAUGGCGAGCAGCCGCUGAGCGCGCGGCGGGACACGGACCGCCCAUGGCCGCCCAUCGCAUCGUCAGAGCGGCCGGCAGCCACGCGCUGCCUCGCUGCAGGUCGGAGGGCGCGCUCAUCGAGCCGAGUGAGGGCGUCGCCGGGGCCCGCCUCUCCGAGGUCAAAGUGCCUUCUCCCAGUGCCUUAAGGUUGGACACUUCGGCAUCCUAUGGAGCUGCGCAGGAAGUGGUUGCCAUAAAGGAUUACUGCCCCAGCAGCUUCACCACCCUGAAGUUCUCCAAAGGUGACCACCUCUAUGUGCUGGACACGUCGGGUGGAGAGUGGUGGUACGCCCACAAUAACACGGAGAUGGGCUACAUCCCGGCGGCCUAUGUUCAGCCGGUCAGCUUCAGGGACUCCUCGCUCAGCGACAGCGGGAUGAUCGACGUUCUCGGGGAUAGCAUCGAGGAGGGGUCGAAGGAGUUUGGGGACCUGGGGGAGUGGACAGGGGUGAGUCUUACACCAACUCUCACCUACAGCAGUAAUCCCUUCUCUGUGAACCCCUUCAUCAAUGGCUGUGGCCCGUUAGAUCAGAACUGCAAAGAUAGAUGUGUAAGGAACUCAGCAGAUCUUAUUUUCUUUGACACGCUGGAGUCUCCCUCCUCUGGUCCCAACUUUAACUCGAGUACAAUCAUCUCCAACGGGUUCAGCAGCUGCAACGUUAACAAUACAACAACCCCCACCAGCCCGAACCAAGAGGUCUUGCAGAACCUCCACAGGGAUAACCCAUUUUUCAGGAGUAAACGUUCCUACAGUCUCUCAGAACUGUCCAUCCUGCAGGCUCAGUCCAAUCCAACCUUACCCUCAUCUGGGUUUUUCACGGGCCUUAAGGCUCCUUCACCGGAACAGUUCCAGAGCAGGGAGGACUUCAGGACCGCAUGGUUGAACCACCGGAAACUGGCCAGGUCUUGCCAUGACCUCGACUCCCUGGGCCAGAGUCCAGGGUGGGGCCAAACCCAGCCGGUGGAGACUAAUAUUGUGUGCAGACUGGACAGCAACGGAGGGGUCGUUCAGCUCCCGGACACUUACAUCAGUGUGCACGUCCCUGAGGGCCAUGUCACCCAUGGAGACAACCAACAGAUCUCCAUGAAAGCCUUACUGGACCCUCCUCUGGAGCUCAAUGGUGACCACUGCUCCACUGUCAGCCCCGUGGUGGAGAUCAAGCUCAGCAACAUGGAAACCAAGUCUUUCAUCACUCUGGAGAUGAAGGUGUCAGUGACCGUGAAGCGAGACAGUGGUCAUGUCGCUGAGGUACUUUGUGUAAGAAGCGAUUGCAAAGAAGGCCCGUACACGCCGAUCCCUAAUGCUUACAUUUACAAGGACACAGUGCAGGUGCAGCUGGAUAAUCUGGAGCCUUGCAUGUAUGUGGCUGUUGUGGUUCAGGCACAGCACAUCAGCCACAACACCACUGUUUGGGACCAUGUCCAGAAGAAAGUGACUUUAGGCGUCUAUGGACCCAAGCACAUCCACCCAUCCUUUAAGACAGUCAUUGCCAUGUUUGGGCAUGAUUGUGCACCCAAGACCCUGCUGGUGAACGAGGUGGGCCGGCAGGCCAGCUCCACCCCACCAGUGGCCCUGCAGCUGUGGGGGAAGCACCAGUUUGUGCUGGGAUACCCUCAGGACCUCCAGGUGGGCUUGUACUCCAAUAUGUCCAACUACCAGGUGAAGGGAAAUGAGGGAGCUGGAGUGAUUCGGGGAUUUCAGGUCAAACUAGGGAAGGUCAGCAGGCUCCUGUACAUGAUAACAUCGCACAACCCCAACAGCAUCUCGGACUUUACCCUCAGGGUCCAGGUUAAAGACGCCCUUGAUUGUAUCCUCGCCCAGUUCUGCGUCCAGACCCCACAACCACCACCGAAGACCGGAGCAAGAAUAACAGGACAGAGGAGGUUUCUCAAGAAGAAGGAGGUGGAUAAGAUUGUCCUCUCGCCCUUGGCUGUUACAUCAAAAUACCCGCAGUUUCAGGACCGGUGUGUCACCAACCUGAAGUUUGGCAAGUUGAUUAAAACAGUGAUCAGGCAGCAUAAAAGCACCUACCUUUUGGAAUAUAAAAAGGGAGAUAUAAUUGCUUUACUGAGCGAGGAGAAAAUCAAACUGCGAGGGCAGCUGUGGACCAAAGAGUGGUACAUUGGAUACUAUCAGGGGAAGACGGGCCUUGUCCAUGCCAAGAAUGUUCUGGUUCUGGGGAAAGUCAAGCCCAUUUAUUGGUGUGGGCCAGACCUAACCACCACGAUACUGCUGGAGCAGAUCCUGAAGCCUUGCAAAUUUCUAACAUACAUCUAUGCCUCUGUGAGGACAGUUCUGAUGGAGAACGUGGGCAACUGGAGGGCCUUUGCUGAUGCCCUUGGGUACGGGAAUUUGCCAUUGAAUUACUUCUGCCGGACCGAGCUGGACAACGAACCGGAGAAGGUGGCGUCAGUUCUGGAGAAACUCAAAGAGGAGUGCACCAACAUGGAGAACAAGGAGAGGAAGUCCUUCCAGAGGGAACUCAUGAUGGCGCUGCUGAAGAUGGACUGCCAGGGUCUGGUCGCCCGGCUGGUGCUGGACUUCGUCUUGUUGACCACGGCGGUGGAGGUGGCGGCGCGGUGGAGGGAGCUGGCCGAGAAGCUGGCCCGGGUGUCCAGGCAGCAGAUGGAGGCUUACGAGGCGCCGCACCGCGACAAGAACGGCCUGCUGGACAGUGAGUCCAUGUGGAAGCCGGCCUACGACUUCCUGCUGACGUGGGCGGCCCACAUCGGCGACAGCUACCGCGACGUGAUCCAGGAGCUGCACCUCGGCCUGGACAAGAUGAGGAACCCCAUCACCAAGCGCUGGAAGCACCUGACCGGCACGCUCAUCCUCGUCAACUGCCUGGACACGCUCCGCAGCGCCGCCUUCUGCCCCACUGGCCACGGCGACUUCGCCAUCUGAGCGGGUUCCCCCUCCCCCUCCCGCCGAGGGUCGUCCCGGGCCGGGAAACGCCGGCCCUCCUCCAGGCGCAGGGCGUCCUCGUCAUCAGGAUUCAGAGAUUUGGACGGCGGUGAUGCUGAAUUGGCUUCCUGGACGGCGACAGAUUUGUCUUCGUUAAGCGUCUGAGACAGAAGCGCCGUCGGACGGCUAGCUAGCUGACGCUGAUGGAUGAUUUGUGCAGUUGGAAACGUCGAUGGCAAACUGGGAUCUGGCUCUUUUGUCCUUUGUUGUUUCUUUCUCUCCGUCCUCGGUCUCGGCCUCGCUCUCCCUCCAUCUUUCUCUUUCUUACAGAUAUUUCCCCAUCUCGCUGUUUCUGUCUUUGAGUUUCUAUCUCACUCUGUCUCUUUUUGUGUUAUUUUCUCUGUAUCCUCUGCCGUCUCUUUACCUCCCUUCACUUCACCUUGUCCUCAGUCUUUCUUUACCUCUCCUUCUCUGUCCCUGCUGUCCUUUUGUCUCGCUUGCUUUUACUCCUCCACUCCAGUUUCUUAUCUCACCGUCUUUCCAUCUCCACGUCUUUUCCACUCUGUCGUAUUCUCUCUCUCUCUGCAUCACUACAUUUUAUAUCCCCUCUCUCUUUCCCUUUCUCCCUCUUUCUCUCUCCUUCGCCCUGAGGACUCGACCAACCGUGAACUUUGACCUCUCCGCCGUCUCUGCAGGUUGAUUUUAUCGCCACAUCGAACUGAGGAGUGCGUUCACGUUGUCGCCCUCCAGCCUGCGGUCGGACCGCCGCCGAUUCCCCCCGAGCCAAAGUCCAAACAGGAAACCACCUCUCCCUCCAUUUUUUCGAUCGACUGCCUCUUGUUCACGUUUUCUACAAAAAAGGAGGCAGAGUGGAUGUGUUUUUUUUAAAGCUUUCAGCAUUUUUAAAAAGAAAAACUCAAAAUGGACUCUCAGUCGUUCAAUACAUUUGUACUUCAGCAGUAUCUGACAGUUAUUUUUGCUUGCCAAAAACCGUUAGCCUAGCGCUAGCCUCACAUGUGACACCAAGGUCAGUCCAUGCAGUGAAGGUAUAUCCGUUUGUACAGGAUAUACUUCUGUUUUGUUUUUGUUUUUUGUUGGUUUGUUGGUUGGUUUUUAACUUGGAGAACAAUGCAGUCAAUGUGUUAUCAUCAGUGUUAUUGUUGUGUACUGUUGGUUUGGAUUUUUUUCCCGAUGCUGCACUCCAGUGGAAGUCAGGAGGAGGAAAUUCCCAGUUUGUCGGCUGUAAUUGAGUUCGGAAAAACAAAAGAGGAAACAUGAGAUUUUCUUUGCCGUUCAGCGUCCAGCAGCUCAUGUCGGCCCGCUGUGUCGGUAUCUGAUAGCAUUAGCUGGCUUGUUAGCUUAGACUGUUAUCAGCGGUACAUUUAUUUACAACUUCACAUUUUGAAUGUAUAACCCCGUUCACCAGACAGUGUUGUGAUGCAUUUAAGGUCCUGCAGCCCUAAAUAGAACGUUGAAUUGAAUUUUGAAAAUGACAAACGUGUUAAAAUUGUAAUGUUGUGAAGUGUUUACAGUGUUUACCGCCUGCCCUGUGGCGUAGUGUCGGGUUGUAUCCCUCCAUUCACUUCCACAGUAAAACCCAGAAUAACACUUUCAGCCCCGAAACCAACACCAACAAAGAGGAUUAUGACAAUAUAAACAACAACAAGUCCUGGUUCCCAUUUUUUUUAGGAAAUUAAACAUCUCUUGUCUUGUUAUUUAGCUAUUUAAAUUGGAAAGUAGAUCCGGUAGGUAACCUUGCGCCAGGAAGAAAUGACCUGAUUCUGCUUUCACAAAGAAUAAUUACUGGAAAAAACAAAAUGGAUACCGGAACUUGUUUUUUUUUUACAGUCAUAACCCUCUUUGUUGGUGUUGGCUCUUCCUGGCACAAGGUUACUAUGUGGGCAUGUCCCGCAGACACUACCUGCCGGAUCUACUUUCCAGUUAAAACAGGAAAGUAACAAGAAAAGAGACAUUUAAUUUGUUUUUUAAGAAAUUGGGUACCGUAACUUGUUGUUUAAAAUGUCAUAACCUUGUUUGCUGGUGUUGGUCUUUGCGCUAAAAGUGAUAUUUUAUUUCGGGAACUGUUUUGCUGUGGAGGUGAACGGAGAGAUACAAAUCCAGAGCUGUGGAUUAGCGGCCCAGGGGAGCAGCGCAGCAGCUAAUGAGGAGAUUUCACUGCAUCAAGGGACAAGGUAAACUUCAAAAUGAAGAAAUCUGACCUUGAAGUUACAGGAUUUUAGUUCUUUUAUUCUGAACUGCUGUCCUUUGGCGUUUUUUCCCAGUACAAAGUAGGAAUUUCCAACUUUCUGAUAUUUCUGGAAUGCAGCAUGAGCGUUUGUUUUCUUGGCGGAUCCCACGCAUGCAUGGGGACGUGUCGACCACGUCUUGCUCAAGGACAUGUCAGCUGUCAGGUAGGGGAUUGAACUUGCGGCCCGCCAGAGUUUAGUUUGCAGAUAAUCCCACGGUUAGAAAUAUAAUUUUACAUCAAAAACUGUGAAAUGCUUAUCAGGAAGAGUCUAGAUUUUGAUAAAUAUGUGACUUUGCUAUUAAAGAAGCCUUUCUUUGUCUGA